AGCUGUGAAUGUGCAGCUCCGACCGGUAGCUGGAGGUUUGCGCCCCACAUGUGCGGAAGAAGUCGGAUAAAAAGCGGCGAACAAAGCGAAAUGAGUGACUGAGACUCAGCAGGAGAAGAAAAGAAGACACCAUUCAUAUCAUCCUCUCUUCUGAAAGAGCUGCGAGAAGCUGGAAGAGGACCCAGGAAAUAUCUUCAAAAUGGAUCUUCACGAUAAAGAAAAUCUCCCUGGAGAGAUUCUGCCUGUGGUGAUCAUUGGUAAUGGUCCAUCGGGGAUCUGUCUGUCGUACCUGUUGUCAGGUUAUACCCCCUACCUUUCACCCGAGGCAUCACACCCCAACCCCCUGCUGCAGAGCAAGCUGGGAGAGCAGCCUUACCUGUCGCUGCUGGAGCAGGAUCUGGAGUAUCUGUGCGAGGGGCUGGAGGGUCGAUCGUCCAAUCCCGUGGCCGUGCUCUUUGAUUCACUGCUGCUCCCUGACAGCGACUUCGGACUGGACCACACCUCUCCGCUGGAGUGGAGAUAUGAGCCUGAGCGUGCCAUCCCUCACCUGGUGCUGGGGAGGGGUCCACCUGGGGGAGCCUGGCAUGCUAUGGAGGGCUCCAUGCUAACUCUGAGCCUGGCUAACUGGAUGGAGCUUCCUGGACUCAAACUGAAGGACUGGAUGAGAGACAAACGCAGGAAUGUAAGAAAUGACCGUGCCACACCAGCCGAGAUAGCCUCCUACUAUCAGCACUAUGUUUCCCAGAUGUCCCUGGAGCAGAGCUUCGCCUGUGGAACCACUGUCACCUCAGUAACCAGGCAGCCUGGCAGUCAGGAGUGGUCGCCGCCCUGCUGGAGAGUGAUGGGACUGCAGCGCAGAGAGGGGGAAGCUCUGGGAGAUGGUUCCACUGUUUCGGAGGAGGUGCCUUUUUCCCUGUUGGCCCACAAUGUUGUGUUGGCGACGGGGACCCACGACAUCCCGGCCAGGCUCGGCGUGGAGGGCGAGUCCCUGCCCUUUGUCUGCCACUCCUUCUGGGAGCUGGAGGCAGCCAUCGCUCGCGGUGAGCUCGACCAGUCUUCAGACCCGGUGCUGGUGGUGGGAGCGGGGCUCACAGCGGCUGACGCAGUGCUGGCCGCCCACCAUCUCAACACGCCCGUCUACCAUGCCUUCAGACGCUCAGUCACUGACCCAGGCCUCAUCUUCAACCAGCUGCCCAAACUGCUGUAUCCAGAGUACCACAAGGUUCACCAGAUGAUGACUCAGCAGCAGCACCAACCAAGUCCACCACCACAGGACCAUGCCCAGAACCUCCAACACCACUCCACCCCUUCCUCUCCAUCCACCUCCUCAUCCCCUUCCUCCUACCCUGGUUACCUGAGCUUCCCACGUCACAGGGUCGUGGAGUUCAGACCUGACCGAAAGUGCGUUCUGGAGUCAGACUCAGGCCAGAGGACGGUGGUCCAGGUCUCCAAGGCUCUUGUUCUCAUCGGCGCCCACCCCAACCUUUCAUUUCUGGGCGUCAACGGGCAGGCGCUUGGCAUCAACCCUGAAGAGCCGAUCACGUGCCGAAGGAAUCCGAUCGAGGUGGACCCGUUCACGAACGAGGUAGUCGCAGCAGAGGGGCCGGGCAUGUACGCCAUGGGGCCGUUAGUUGGCGAGAACUUUGUGAGGUUCCUAAAGGGAGGAGCGCUGGCUAUUGCUAGUGACCUCGCUAAGAGACAAAGAGAGGGACGGAGAAGAGUAGAAGGGGAUUUGGCCACAGACAGAUUGAUGGACAAAUGGGUGGACAGACGGGUGACUGAAGCAGAGGUUUGCGUUCUGGACUCAUAGCAGGUUUUCUGAGACAGAAAGGUCAGAUGGACUGAAGCAAACCAAGCGACUCUGAUCCAAAAGUGACGAAACUGGAACCGCUGCAAACAAAAACCAUAGGUCGUGUUUUCCAGAAAUCACAGAGUAGGGAAAUCAAACAUGCUGCUGAGGUGUUCCAGGUUGCGAAACAGGCGACAAGUUGGCUCUACAACUGGACUUGCACUGGGUUUUGCUGGGUCUGGAAUCUUCUUGGGCUUUCCUCUAGAUCUGGUUUGGCGAAAAAAAAGCCUCCAGACAUGAGGCACUUUGAAGGCUAAAAGCAGCAGAGAUAUGCAGACAGUUGUGCUAGUAGGAGAGAUGGAGGGAGACUAACACAAUGGAUGUAAUGGAGGAGAGACAGAUUGUUAAAUUAUAAAGUUAGAAAUGUACAUAUGUACCACCUGGAAGUUGCUCUGGAAUGACUAUAUUUCACUUAGAACACUACAGAUGCUGGAUUUUUCAGGAUAUUGCUUUUAAAUGACUUUGUAAAGGGGACCUAUUAUAAUUUUCCAGCUCUAUAUUUUUAUUCUUGGACUCCACAAACAUUGCAUGAAUCACAGUUUUGUACCAGUCCCUCAAUUCAGCCUCUGUCUGAAACCGACAGUUUUAACUAGUGCUCUUUGCAUAGAGAGGUUAUUUCUAGACAUUUCCUCAUUAUCUGAAACUCAUACCAUGUUUAACACAAACAUCUGGCAUUGUUACAUUACAUAUAGAAAAGAAAAUAAGGAAAAGAACAAUAGGUCCACUCUAUGUUUAGACUUAUUUAUAUCCUGCAGUAUAUUUUUCAUUGGUACAAAUCAGUGACUGUAUGUGAAGAUGGGCGGCGCAUCUCCACUUCCUCCCAUUGUACAAAAAUGAAAGCAGCAAAUGAAAACUAAACUUAUCAGAAACUUGAAAACUUGAACAUACAUCAGUGUGAUUAGAACUACCUAAAUCACUGGGAACUAUCUUUGGGAAAAUUUUAUUUGACAUGUACUUUGAUGAUUUAGUUUGGCUCAUUUUUAUGGGGUUUAUAACCUAUGCUGCAGCCAGUCUCCAGGGGGCAAUCAAGAUGUUUUGGUUUCACUGUUGGAGAGGUGUCGACCAUCUUUUUACUCAGUCAUGGGAACAAAUCGUGUGUUAGAUUAAACAGCAGCCAAUCAUAACCUGUAAAUGUGGCAUGAAAAUAUUCUAACUUUAUGAGUUGAUGAGGGUUGAGGCAAGCAAAGGAAGAGAAGGAGAUCUGAAAAUGGAGGGAGAGAUAAAGACAGAAAUAGAAAUGGAGAGAGAAGGAUCUUUACAGUAUCACUCAGAGCCUUGAUCACUACAAUAACUUGCAGGUUAAAGUUUAACCUCUUUUUUGUAAACAGUGCACCACAAAGAUAAUUAACAUGGUUCCAUAAUUAUAAAUGUAUUUUUUUGUUAGCUGUUUAAUUUUUCAACACUACACUGUCAUGAACAGUUUCAGCAAAAUAGUUAAAAGUUAAUUUCUGCUUCUUUCUUUAUAUUAUUUUCUACGUGGGUGUUUGUAUAUUCUUGGUUUGCUGCUUUGUAAAUCUGUGGUGCUGUAUCUUUCUAUGAUAAUAUGAUUUAUCAUAUAUAACAUGCAACUCUAUCUACCUGAUCGCACUGUAAAUCUUUGAUGACGAUUAAUAUGAAAAGAUUUUAUACUUUACGAAACAAAAGAGAAAAUAUAAAUAUAUUUUUUUCUAACUCCUCUUACUGAACAUGUUUAAUUUGCAGCUGUUGAAACAUCAGAGUUUGUCCUCACUGUGAACAUUAAUAACAUUAACAUUUAAUGGAUGACAGCUAACCAGCACUGUUUUUUUAAGUUCUGUAGGCACUGGUGUAUUAAUGGAUGUUAUUUCCACAUGAAUCAACCACUUCUGUAACUUGUAACUUGAUAACAUGAUAAAUUAGUGCAGUGCUAAAUGAAAUCAGGUUGAUUUCAUCUCUAAGUUACAUUUUUAAUUUCAUUAUAAUUUUGAUUUAGUCUGCUACUACAAGAUGCACUUUUCAAAAGUAUUUUCACCACAAUCUUAAAGUUCAGGAAAUGCUGAACAUUUGUACAGUAAAUCAUCAGUUAUUUUAGCUGAAUAUUUGUCAGUGCAGAUAAUGUUUAAUGUAACUCUCCUUUAGAUCGGACACAUGGUAAAUAUUCAGUUGCAUUGCACAAUAAGCCAAUAAUUCAUUUUUAUGUAAAAAAAAAAAAAACAAUAAAUAGACAAAACAAAUAUUUUUGCAUUUGUCAAAGCAAACAAUUGAAGCAGUACACAUUUAAAAAUAGUGUCAAAUUUUUAAAGGUAAAGUUUAGUGCAGCUGUUGAUGUGUGUCGAGGCUAAACACCCUGUAGGUGUCAGUUACAUCUGCGGACAGUUUUACCUUCAGUCUGCUGUUAGUGAAGAAGAUAUUUUAAUACUGAUAAAUGUAAUUCAAGAAGUUUGCUCCUGAGCAUAUGCAACCAGGACACUGCUUUUUCAUUCUUUUCAAAAUAAGAUUGACAUUGUUUAACUUAAUGACAAUUAAUCUUGAAAAAUGACACUCUACAUACUGUAAUUACAGCUCCCAGUUCUCUUAACCUGAAGUGACGAAUAGAUGGACCCAGUUUGAUUUAAAACGUUACUCGUUAUAUUUUCCCCCAUAAAAAACAGCAGUGUGUGAGUCCAACACUCAUUACCUUCAUACCCUUUGACUGAUUCUUAAUGAAGACAUAAAUCUUUGAAAACAAGUAUCAAAUAUCAGUCAUUUCCAAAAACAGCAGAUCAUUGUAGUUUUUGGCAAAUGUAGCUUAGACAGGGGGAAAUUUUUCUGGAGACUAUUUUCAGUGGCAGAUCAAUACACAUUUCCAGUAUUUCCAGCCGCAGGAUAAUAACAUAUUUGAAAAACCCAGUUGUUUUUUAUUAUUAUUUGCUGAAUUAAAAGUAAAAGUAAAAAACAAAAACAUGAGUACAUGAGAUGUACUCAGACAUGCUUUAUUUAAGGCUUAAUACCAUUUCAGCCUUUAUUUAAUCUCAUGAGUUAGAUUUGACUUUAUGCCUAAAUACUAACUAUGAUCUAGAGGAGCCAGCAGUGCCUUAAAACACAUUAUUCACACCAGAAUUUAAAAAAAAACACCUCCAUCUAAAUGUCUCUUUUGUUAUGAAGUCAAAAUCAUGUCCAGUCUUUUUUUUAACAACUUAUUUGUAGCUGUUUUUGUCUUGUUUGUAUGGAUGGGAUGAUUUAUAUAUAUCAAAAUAUUUUCCAUCUGUAAUGACAGUCAACUAAGCUUUCAACAUUCAUUGUAAUAAAAUACAGCUUUUCAAUAA